UCCAGGAAGCGGAAGCGCGGAGCCUGUCGACUAAAGUUUGUGUAGCGUGUAGGCUAAAAACAGCAAAACUUCAGCCGCUUUUCAGGAUCUUUAUGAAACAUCAGUAAAAUUUAUUGACUUUAUUGUCGUUUAGAGUUAAAGUACUAGUCGUGGUAAACAAAAAUAGGCGGUAAUGGGUGGAACCGCGAGUAAACUGCCGAAAGAACUGCUGUCAGAGUAUCAGGAGCUCACAUUUCUUACAAAGCAAGAAAUCUUACUGGCACACAAACGAUUCUCUGAACUCCAGGGCAGAGAAAACGGGCCGUACAGCUCCAGAGUGUCAAUGGAGAAGAUCCUCACACUUCCUGAACUCAAGUCCAACCCGUUCCGGAAGAGGAUCUGUCACGUUUUCUCCACCUCUGACUUGCGGGACGGCAGCUUGACUUUUGAAGAUUUUCUGGACCUCUUGAGCGCCUUUAGUGAUUCUGCAACACUGGAAAUCAAGUCCCACUACGCCUUCCGGAUCUUUGACUUUGACGAUGAUGGCACAUUGGACGCCAGAGAUCUGGAGAAGCUGGUGAACUGUCUGACGGGCGAAACAGACGACACGCGUCUCACUGCCGAGGAGAUGAGGCAGCUCAUCAGUAAUAUCCUCGAGGAGUCCGACAUCGACAAAGAUGGAACGGUGAACCUGUCCGAAUUUCAGCACGUCAUCUCCAGAUCGCCAGAUUUUGUCAGUUCAUUCAAGAUCGUGCUGUGAAGUUUCCACCGCUGCUGCUUCCGGUCCGGAUGUUUCACCUGCAUCUCAGUAAUGUCUCAAAUAAUGUAGCAUCCUAAUUGUGAAUGUAAUCUCUUGUUAAGCAUUUUUACCAUUUAUAUGUUUGAAAGCAGUUUUUCCUCUGCUUUCUAUCCUGUAUGUUGGAUCGUAUAUAUAUUUGUAAGUAAUUUAAUAAACCCUGGUGUGUUUAUGUCAG